CACUGUAUACGUAAUAAAUAAAUAAAUCUUUAAAAAAAAUAAGGGAAAUUCAGGGCACCAUUUUAUAGGUGCAACUGAUUACAGAGUGUAGUAUACAUUUGAUUUACAAAUUCUAUAAUGAUAGUAAACAGAGGUGCACAUGACUCUGGUUAAGGGUUUUCCCCUGAAGUUAGCCUUCCCCGGGCUGGAGGGGGAUAGCUCUUUUUAAAUGAUGAUGCAAUUUUCAUUUCUCCCCUAGUCAAUACAGAUACAGAAACUGCUGUUGUCAACGUCACCUAUGCAACCAGAGAGGAAGCAAAGAUAGCCAUUGAGAAGCUGAGUGGGCAUCAGUUUGAGAACUACUCCUUCAAGAUUUCCUACAUCCCCGAUGAAGAGGGUAGACAUCCACAGAAAGGAGAACUCUGGGGCUGCAGAGAAGCCUGUCACCAUCCAUGCCACCCCAGAAGGGACAUCUGAAGCGUGCCGCAUGAUUCUUGAAAUUAUGCAGAAAGAGGCUGAUGAGACCAAACUAGCUGAGGAGGUGCCUCUGAAAAUCUUGGCACACAAUGGCUUGGUUGGAAGACUGAUUGGCAAAGAAGGCAGAAAUUUGAAGAAAAUUGAACAUGACACAGGGACCAAGAUCACCAUCUCAUCCUUGCAGGAUUUGAGCAUCUAUAACCCUGAGAGAACCAUCACGGUGAAGGGCGCCAUUGAUGCAUGCGCCAAUGCUGAGAUAGAGAUCAUGAAGAAGCUGCGAGAGGCCUUCGAAAACGAUAUGCUGGCCGUUAAUGUAAGUACCCAGUCCUUCCUUCUCUUGGCUUUCCGACAGCUAAGGCAGGACCCGAGCUCUGUAAGGAUAGCUGUCCUUCAGCUGAGGAGGAAGUGCCUUAGGGCAGAUGGGAAGAGCGUCCGACUUCCUAGGAUUAAAGAUGUCUUUAAUCUGGUAAACACAGACCAGCAUGAGCCAGUAAAAUCAUACCUUCCAGACCGUAAAGUGAGGUGAUGCUCAUGAUCACAUAUAUUGGAA